AUGUUCGCGUCCAUUACUUUCCUUGCUAUCGCAAGUAACCUGCUCAUCGCUGACGGAGCUACGACGCUACAAGAACUCAAGAUCUCUGAUGCUGAUAGCAGUGUUCCUGAAUCCUGUAAACAUCGAGUAUUUUGUCUAGUCAAGCCCGAUGACUAUCCUCAGGAGACAAUCGACUAUAUUGUCGAUGAUAGUAAAGCUUUACUGCAACCAGCGCCGCAAGAUGAGUUGACGCAACAGUUGCUGUUUGUUAACGACGAGGGUUACGAUAUGAUAAACUGCCCAAGUGAAGUAACGUUCGAACCUAUAUACAAAGUUAAGCAACAAAAUGGAGCAUGGCGCACUGUGGUACAAUCCCGUGAUUACGAUUUCGUACAACGUUACCGCCUUGAAGCUUGUACGAAUCCUGGACGCUCCUGUUUUGUUGGCAAUAACCCCAUGGAGAUCGAUACAAGCUGCAGGCAAAAGUUUACUACCAUGGACCUUGUUGUGAUGAAAGGGUACAAUGAUACUGAGACAAUCUCGGUCCAGUUGCCUUCUCAGUGUGGCUGUUACAUGUCGCAGUCGGUCGUCAAUUCUUAA